AUGACAGCGGCCCCGGCGCCCGGGGGACCUUCGGAGCCGCGGGGCUGCCCGCGCCGCCGCCUCGCGCGGGGCAGCCCCGCCCGCUCCCGGCAGCCCAAGUCCAAGCGGGACCGCAAAGUGUCCCUGACGCGGACGCCCCGCAAGGGGUUGGAGGCCAAGCAGGCGCUGAUCACCGAGCUGCGGCGCUGUGUGGACACCUACAAGUACAUCUUCGUCUUCUCCGUGGCCAACAUGAGGAACAACAAGCUGAAGGAUGUGCGGAACGCCUGGAAGCACAGCAGGAUCUUCUUCGGGAAGAACAAAGUGAUGAUGGUGGCACUGGGCCGGGAGCCGAGCAGCGAGUACAAGGAGAACCUGCACAAGGUCAGCAAACACCUGAGAGGGGAGGUGGGGCUCCUCUUCACCAACCGCACCAAGGACGAGGUGGAUGAAUGGUUCUCCAAGUUCCGGGAGGUGGACUUUGCCCGUGCUGGGAACAAGGCACCCUACGGGGUGAGCCUGGACACGGGGCCCCUGGAGCAGUUCCCCCACUCCAUGGAGCCACAACUGCGGCAGCUGGGACUGCCCACGGCGCUGAAGAAAGGAGUGGUGACGCUGCUUUCGGAUUACGAAGUGUGCAAGGAAGGGGAUGUUCUCACCCCAGAACAGGCACGUGUGCUGAAACUCUUUGGCUAYGAGAUGGCAGAGUUUAAAGUUACUAUGAAAUUUCUGUGGAAUUCUGAGACUGGAGACUUCCAGAAGCUUGUGGGAGACACAGAAGAGGAGGAGGAGAAAGAGGAGGAAGAGGAGGAUGAYGAUGAUGGCAGCAAUGAGGACUAACAGCUGGGAUCCAGACAGUUCUGUUUUAGGGACAAAAAGAGGAGGCUAUUUCCUUUCCCUGGGUGCACCUGGACUGGGAUGAUCUUUAUAUAAAAUGACCUAACUGUACUUUUUUUUUAUAUUUAUAUAAAUAUCUAUGUAAAACUUCA